UACGCGCAAGCGUAAAAAAGUUCGGUGGCGCUAGCUCCGCCGCUAGUCACCUUCCACCAGCAGUGAGGGAAGAAACGUUUCGGGGGAUUUAAAGACAAAGAUCUGGAGACAACGUCAAAGAAUUGAAGUAGUACACGGAGGGGCUGCGGGAAACUGUAACUACCCGCCACACCUGGAAGAAACUCGUCAUGCAAGGAAACGGUCACGAGUGCGCUCAAGUUUGUGUUUACUGAUGUUGUGGUAGCUAGCUGGCUGGCCCUGUUAGCUUGUUAGCGAGGAAACGUGCGCGCUGCUUGCACUGCUGAGCAUCAACAUUUACAACUAAACCCAACUUAACAAGCAGGUUAGAUAACGGAUAUGUUGCUGGUUAUAUCCUAACAUUAAAACAGCAGUUUGGCAGAUGUUACGACUGGCUCUUAGUUUGCCUAUCAAACUCUUGUAACGUUAGUGCGGGCCACGAGCUUUGAAUCUUGUGGGGGUCGUGUCAAACACAAGCAGCACUGAUUGAGAAAGAAGAAAAAACGCACAUCAACCCAAGAUCCCUCAGGUACAGCUCGGAUCAGCGCCAUCAAACACAUCCAGACACGAUUCCCUUUCUUUUGCCGUUCCGGAUGACAUAUCAGGCUUGCAGCUCUCUCUCUGGACCUGCGACCCGUCCCCCGCAACGGACCUAGUUCGUCGUCUUCGUCCGUGAUGGCCCCCCUGCUCAGCUGGUGAGACGCGUGGAAACAAUCUGCAGUCCGCUGACCAUGGGAGGAUGUGUGGGGAGAUACUGGGAGGGCUGGGAGGACACACAGAGCCGAGGCUCGUCCAGGAACGGCGGACGAGGAGGACGGAAUGAGCCUCUGAAGAAAGAUCGUCCCAAGUGGAAGAGCGACUACCCGAUGACGGAGGGCCAGCUACGUAGCAAGCGAGAUGAGUUCUGGGACACAGCGCCGGCCUUCGAGGGCCGUAAGGAGAUCUGGGAUGCCCUGAAAGCAGCCGCCGUGGCACUGGAAUGCAACGACCACGAGCUUGCCCAGGCUAUAGUGGACGGAGCCAGUAUCACACUGCCACAUGGUACUCUCACAGAAUGUUACGAUGAACUGGGGAACCGCUACCAGCUGCCCGUCUACUGCCUGGCUCCGCCUGUCAACCUCAUCUCUGAACGCAGCGACGAGGACCCCAGUGACAGCCCUGAACCCCCUGUAGCACCCAAGAAGGAAUUCCAGCUCAAGGUACGACUGUCCACAGGUAAGGACCUGCGUCUCAGCGCCAGCAUGGCCGACACCAUAGGGCAGCUGAAGAAGCAGCUGCAGGCCCAAGAGGACAUCGACGCCGCCCAUCAGCGCUGGUUCUUCUCUGGCAAGCUGCUCACGGACAAGACGCGGCUGCAAGACACUAAGAUCCAGAAGGACUUUGUCAUCCAGGUCAUCGUCAACCCCCAGGCCCUCCGAGCCCCAAAGCCGUCACCCACCACCACUGCCUCUUCGCCCUCAUCUGAAUAACUGAGAACAAAGAGAGGACAACUGGAGGGAUGAUGCAGUGGGUGGCAGACAUAAAAAAGGACUGAAGGUGCCUCCUUAUGCUGGAUAGAAAUAAAACUGAAAUGUGGAGGUACAAAACUACAUGAGGGAGAAACUCUGAAGUGCUGCUUUCUUUCAUCCACCAUGUGUCAUUGUAUUUUUUUUUUUUUUGGGUAUGUUGGGUUGUUCUUAAAGUGAAAGUCACCACACUAACUCUGGAGAUCCUCUUCCCCUUUGUCUCUUUGAACAAUUUCAAAUUAAAGCAGAACUUUCAGCCUUUUCAAACGCAUACAAAAUGUGCAUAUCAUGCUGCACAUGCAAGGACUCUGCCUCUGCCCUUUUUGUCUGCACUAAUGGUAACUAAGUGCCAAUGGAAGAAAUGCAGAUGUGUUUGUGUUGGUUCUAAAGCACAUUUCUACUAUGAUGUACAUGGACUCUGCACUGCAAUCCUCUACUCCUCCACAGAUACACGAGGGAAGGCAGAGCGCGUGAUCCCGAACAUUUUCUUGUUUCCUUUUUUUUCUUUUAUUGAGGAUAUAAUGUAAUCUGAGCUUUUUUGCACAUUUGAAGAUUAUUACUAUACUUUUGUGGUAGUUUGUGUGCCUUCUACAUGACGAAACAAAAAAGGGUCAACGUUCUGAAAGAUGCUAGUUUUACCACUAGGCUAAGCCUUCUGUAUUUUUUAAGAAUCAGGAACUCUUAGAUUGACCCAAGCUAUAACUGCUGCCUUUUAAAAAAAUCUUGCCGACAAAACAUAUGAUGUGUGGGUGCUGGAGUGUGUGCGUGUGUGUUUGGGCAAAAGGAAUAUGUAAUUUACCCACAUUACAGUUGUUAGACAUAGCUCAUAGAGACAAGACUGUUUCCCUGGUGUACAAGUCAUAGCUUUGCAGUAAAUCAUAUUGUAUUGUCUAGGGAAAUAGAAAUUCCCAUGCAAAAAUGAUGGUCUUAAAAGCUGCAUUAUUGACCACUUAACCCCCAGACCACUAGGGGGCAGCCACACAGCCCUGACAGGAUCAGCUCAGUAGCAUAGGGCUCCUUUUUUUUCCACCACCUGAUGAAUGUAAAUCCAGUAUUCACUCGCCUUUUAUCCUAAAUACGUCAAGUAUUUAAGAGUAUUUGUCAUAUUUGUUCAUUACAUGUUUGACUUUCUUCACCAGCAUACAGAUGACUCAAUUGAGUUGGUUUGCCAGAAAUGGCUGGUGAGAGCAUAAGGAGCAGUGAACCAAAAACAAUGAGCUAAAAAGCUGCAGAUUUGUGUGUUGAUUCUCAGUGGAUCCAGCAGUACUAACAUCCUCUUUGCAUCACUGGAAGUUACUUGUUUUGUAUUGACUAAAAAAAUAUAUUAUAUAAAGGUUCACUACACUAGUUUUAGACAUAAAGAUCAGUUCACAUGACAUGGUUAGUGCUACUUUGCUUGUGAAAACAGUUGUAUAAAUGAGAAAUUACCGUAAUGUCAUCAGAGAUUGUGUGGACAGUGUGGUUGGUAGAAAUGCAGUAAAACUCAAAAUACGUUUGUUGCUGUAAACCACUGAAUUUAUAAUAACAAAAUAUUUCAAUUUGAAAACAGUAACUCAGUUUAUAUGGUUUGAAUUCCCCUCUUAUCUAAUGUUAAGUUUUGAAAGUUGAGCUUCUUAAAUGUCUUGAGUUUUUGACUUGAAUGGAAUUUUACCAACCUACUCCUCUUGUGUGCGCCACUGUCACUUCCAGGUCGAGUCGGUGUCAUAUUUGGGUCGUAGCUCAGAAUAGACACCAGAGGCGAUUCAGGUUUGAUCAUCAGGACCUGCUUUGUGAAUGUGGCCUGUUUCUUCGUGACACACAACUCUACAGCUUAAUGAGCAUUGUUUUCAUUCACUGCUCCUGUCGCACAGUUCUCCAGCAGUAUCAUCAUGGAGAGAGUGAAACUGAACCAUCAGUUUGAAACCUAGCUGAGCCACAUCCCAACAUAUUAAGAAAAAUGUUUUAUCUUUUAAUGACAGUUUCAUUUUCUUGUGUCUUUUCUAUACAGUUUUCGACCUUGAAGCUUCUCACAAUCACUCUUCUUUUAUUUCCAUGACAUUUUCUUUGGUUCUUUUGGGGAUUUCUUAAUCGUUGUAUGCAAACUUGAAUAAGCAUUUUUCUCUGUAUGUGCAAUACAAUAGACAUAGACCUCAUCAGUUUGUUUCUGACUCUGCAGAUUUCAUAGAGCACCAGCUAUGAGUAUUGUUACAGUUUUAUGUCAAACUACAGGUACACGCCUGCUACAAUCUGUGUCAACUGUUCACGUUUGUCACUUUGAAAUGUAUUCUAGUCUGUGGCCUUGACCGUUCAGAUGGGCUUUCAUCUUUCACGGACAAAGUAUCUAAAACAUUAAAAAUGCCUACACAACUUCCCCAGUGUCCGUUUAGCGUUCUGCCCUGCACGCCUCGGCUGUGCAGGUUAGGGUGUCACUGAGCCUCAGGGUGGGGAAAAGCUCCGCUGACAACUUUAUCGAUAACGUGUCCUGUUACAGGCGUCCUCGCUCAGGCGAGGCCAUGGGUGGGUUUUUGUCUUCAUGUCUCUGAUUAUUUGUCCCUGUGUUUCUCCUGCGUUUGCCCACUUUUUAACCUAAAUGAAAUGACACUGAGCAGUGGUCUUUGUUUCAUGGCAGACUUAAAGGUACAACAUCUUACUUAAUGUAAAAGGGCUUAAGGUGUCCCUCAGGUUCACACUCAGCUAAGGAGAGCUCUCUGUUUAAGGAGAUGGCCAUACAAAUGCAGAUAAGCUGUUCCCUGAUAAAUGUGCUAUGAAAUGGAUGAGAUCUUUUUCUUUCUUUUUUUUUUUUAGCUGAUGGUUGAAUGUUUGGGUACCACAAAUUUUUUUUCUCGUCUAAACCUACCAUAAUAGAUCAGUGUAAGAAAAAUGUAGCAAAUGUUAAUCUGCAAAUUAGUACUUUAAGUAAAUGUAUGUUUCUCAAUUCUAUAACACUUGUGUUUAUAUGUAGUGCAGUACAUGAAAAACAAAGUGUUUCUCACAGCAGACAUUUGAAGCAAAGGUGUUACUAAUAACAUUAACGAUGGCUCUGAUGUGUCCCAGUAGUGAGCCAACAUGCACAAUACCAGGACCCUGAAACUGCAGCAGCUAAAUGGAAUUCAGCCAUCUUUCAUUCAUUUCUUACUGAGACUAAACGUCAUAAGUGAAAAAUGUCUCUGAUUGUAGCUGGUUAGACUUUCACAGUCCUUGUCUAACAGCAGAGUGAGGUGUCAGUUAAGCAGAGUUUGCACAUUCCCACGUAGUCCUGAGGUCUAAUUAAGCAAAGUGAAAACACCUGUGAGUGAAGCCCUGGGUGUGCAGGGACCUUUGAAUUUGUUUUUAAUGCAAAAAUGCAGGACAGAGACUUUCUACAUUGGCUUUUGUUUGCGAUGAUCUGACUCACUGAGUUUAGAAAACCUCAAGGUCACACUGUUAGUCAAAUUCCCCUUAGCAAAUCAGUUUCUAACUCUGACUCAUCAUCAGACGCUGAGAUCACACAGGUCCCCUCUGCUGCUUCUUUUCCUGUUUAUUGUGAAUAUAAAAUUGCGAAACCUUAGCAGAGGGUCUGUGAAUUUCACUCCAGUGUCUCCAACCGCUUCACCUCAUUUAUGAUUUCUUUUUUUUCAAGUUCUGACACCGGCUCAGUCUGCAAGUCACACCUCUCAUUUUAGUGAAGACACCUGAGAAGAAGUCAAAAAAUGUUCAGGUAUAGGAACAAGGAGAGGUGAAAGUAGUAGCAACUCAAGGUCCACUUGCUACCUUUUUUCUGGAGCUUCACAGUCCUCCUCAGCUAAUGGGGUUUGCUUUGUAAACUCCUGACUUCCUGAGCAAACACAGCAGCUCCUGAACUUCUCAGCGGAAGAGUUUGAAAGCUCCAGAAAAACUCUAAGUGGACCUUGAGUUCAGAUUUUUUUUUGUGUGUGUGUUUGUGAAACUCAUGCUCAGUGUGCUACAUUUUUAAAUGUCGUUCUCCACAGUUAGGAGCAAUGUAAAUGGACAUUUAUCAUCACACCAGUCAAAAUUCAACACUUGCUGUUUUGCACAUUGGAAUGUAUGUAGAUUUCUACACAUUUGAACACAUGUAAGACUUAAAAAAAAUAUAUAUAGGACGCCAUGCACAUGUAUACUCAUGGUUCACAGAUGAAACUACAUUGCAAGUGAAGUAGUUUAUCAAGCUGGUUAUACAGUAAAAGCCAUAAUAGGCCAGAAAUAUUUAUAUUACAAUUCUGACAGCAAACAUCACUCUGUACGUCACAGUCCUCUCCUUUAAGCACUCAAAUUCCCAAAAGGCAUUGCAGUCAGAUGAAGCUUUCUCAUUGUUUUGACACAUUAACAGCCAUGUGUAAACCACUCAAAGAAAAUGAAUAGUUUUUCAAAUUGUUAGUACCAUCUAAGUAUGUGUAGAAAAUCAGUAUAUGUAGUCAAAGAGAAAAGUCAUUAUAUGGACAUUUCAUGGACACUGAUGAUGAAUGACACCCACAAUUAUUUUACCACUUGGUGUGUUCAUUUAUAUGCUGAUUUCAUUUUAAAUCAUGUUUUUAAACUGUUGAAUAAAAUCAAACUAUUGUAAAAAUAAAUAAAUGAAUAGAGA